GGAAAGUUCUUAUUUGAGAUUCCAAGGCAAUAUGUUUUACAUCGUUGGACUAAAGAAGCUAUGAAGAAACCAAUUUUUGGCUUAAACAACUUGCUUGAUGGGGCAGAGAAGGAUAAGAAGCAAAAGCUAGUUGGUGAUUUAUGGUGCAGGUUUUUUUCAUGUGUAAGUCUUUGUGAGGAGAAAGUUGAAUGCCUAGAGUCAUUGUUGUCUAAGUUAAUAUCUUUUGAAAAUGAGAUGAAAGACUUGGAUUCUAUAAGUCCAGUUGAUAAACGUGAGGCAAAAAAUAAACACAUUGAAUUAUUUGUUGGAUCUAAUGACAUAGUUGUUGAUAUUCUUCCUCCAAACAAGUCUUCCAACAAAGGUAGUGGUAGUGGGAAAAGGAAAAAAUCUGACAAAGAGAUAGCUAUUGAGGAAAGCCAAAGGAAAGAUAGACUUUGUAGAACUUGUGGUCAGAGAACAAACCAUGAUAGUCGGAAUUGUCCGCAAAAAAAAUCCAACUUGAAUGAGGAUUUCAAAGAAGAGUAGAAAGGCUGCAAAACCACUUCAUAUUUACAAGAAGCAACAUCGGCUACUGACAGCCUAGUGCUGAAAUAGAGGAGAUGAGAGGAAAGAAAGAACAUAGUGCUAUAGUGCCCUUUUUAUUGAUAUAGUGAUUGUUAUUGUUUCACAUAUAUUAAACAGGGACCUUUUAUUGUUAAAAUUUUAUUGAUAGGGUGACCUUUUAUUGUUAAACUUUUUAUUGACCUUUAUAUUGUUAUUUUGAUGUAGUGACAUAUUGGCAUAUGAUAACUUCAAUUUAUAUUAUAGUAUGUGUUUUUAACGUCAUAGUGACUUUUUUUCAUCGUAUUGACACCUUAUUUCGUGAUAACCUUUUUAGUGAUAUAAUGACCUUUAUUAUGAUAUAACAACCGUAUAAAAAAUACUCACAUUUUAACAAUUCUUCUAAUCCACAUCGAUUAAGCCAAUACAAAGUUAGGGAAGGAGGGGCUCGUUCUUUUAAUUGAUAUACUAAAUGAAUAGCUUAAGAAUAGAUUAAUAUAAAUACGACACUUUUACCUUACAUAGUGACCUUUUAUUUAAAUAGAGACAGAUUAUUAUAGAAA